AUGCCCACCUGACUGUCUGUGUCUGUCACUUUCUUUCGACAGAGUGGUUAUUUCCGGGGGGCACGUGAAGGCAGCGCAGCACCACCACACCUCGGUCGGGCAGUGACGUCACCUCGCAGCCGGACGGACAGCUUGAAGCUUCUGCUCCGACUCCUGUUGACGGUUUGUCUCGGUCUCUGUCCGCCGCUGUCCCGCAGACCUGUGAAGCAUCUUCCUCCUCCUCCUCCUCCUCCUCCUCCUCCACUCCCGCUCCUCGACUGACUCACGCCACAUCACGCAGCAGUGCGGGGACCAGCCAAGAUGAAAUGGAUGUUUAAAGAGGACCAUGCCCUCGACCACCGAUGUGUGGAGUCGGCCAAGAUACGCAACAAAUAUCCUGACAGAGUACCGGUGAUCGUGGAGAAGGUCUCCGGCUCCCAGAUCGUGGACAUCGACAAGAGGAAGUACCUGGUGCCCUCCGACAUCACGGUGGCCCAGUUCAUGUGGAUCAUCAGGAAACGCAUCCAGCUGCCCUCGGAGAAAGCCAUCUUCCUGUUUGUCGACAAGACCGUCCCCCAGUCGAGUCUGACCAUGGGCCAGCUCUACGACAAGGAGAAGGACGAGGACGGUUUCCUGUACGUGGCGUACAGCGGAGAGAACACCUUUGGUCACAAGGCCUUUUAUACAACACGUGGUUAACGCUCCCCUGAACACACCACAGUCUCCCUCUCUCUCACACACACACACACACACACGCGUGUUUCAGAUCUCCACAUGUAAAUAAAACGCACCGACACACUUGGCACACUUGUCGCUCACGGAUCUUUUUUUGUGAUACUGAAAAAAAAAAUCGUCAUUAGUGUAAAAAAACAUGCUUGAAUUUAAUAAUGUUUUGUUAUUUGGCCCCUAGUUACUGUUAAAAGGAGAGAAAUAUCUUCAACACUGCCACAAAAUAAGAAUAUGAAUUAUUACCACACAAACAGACCGUCAGUUCAGUAUCAACAUGUACAUAUUCCAGUCGUCACACGAUCACACUCGAAUUCAUUUCAGUGAGGUUUUUGUCGUCGAUCAUAUAAUCAAUCAGAAAUCAUUAAUCACAUAAUGGAGUGUAUCCGUACGCCCUGUCAUAUCGUGUAAAAAGACUUUGGACGUGUAAUUUAAUACUGCAUAUACACUCGUGUACGAACAAUAGGCAACGAGAAAGACUGAGCAUGUGAGGAAGGGAGGGAGGAGGCGGGGCCUGUGAGGUGAGGGCGGAGCCUGUGAUGGGCCCAGCACCAGGUUCCUGAAGUGUCACGUGACAUUACGUUACGUUACGUUACGUUACGUUACGUUACGUCGCGUUACGUCGCGUUACGUGACGUUGCGUUACGUUACGUGACGUUACGUUGCGUUGCGUGACGUAACGUUACGGUUGCAUUAGAGAGCGGGCGUCACCGGGGGGGACUCAGACCCCGCGAGUUGUUGAACCUCGUGAGCUGCUGAAGAACCAGACGCUCUUCUUGAAGUUUUAUUUCUACGUCCUCGUCCUCGUCGUCACCGUGGCAACAAUAUGAAAAUCACAAACCUCCUGACAUGAUCAGUUUGUUGCUUCAUAUCCAUCAACACGGAACAGUGCGUUCUAUGUUCGACUGUAAACAAAGAUGGACGACGCAUCUCUCCACUUCCAUUAGAGAUUGGUCGGUUACAGGCGCCGCCCUCUUUUAAUAACCAAGAACCCAUCGGCUCUGAACCUACUGUAUUUUGAGUAAAGCCUGAAUCGGGCGGCUCAUAAGUUUUCUAGAUAUAAACAAGGGCGUUGACUCAGGAGCGACUGGACGUGGUUGGAGUGUCUUGAAGACGUUUCUUUCAGGAAGCGUGACGUCACAUUCUGACCGGCGCCAUCUCGUUUCUUUGUGCAACCAGACGUAGAAUUGGGGGUGUGGCCUGACUGAUACCAACCUACACCUGCAACCAACGAUUGGACGGUACCAGCUGUCAAUCACGCCGUGUCCACGCUAUCGUCUUUGUUACUGUAACUGGACCAUAAUGUACAAAAUGAACAUCAUGUUGUUGGAGAAGACUUGAAACUAGAGAUUGAACCAUAAACUCCUCAGGAAAAUGUUUCACUGACGUUGUGAAUCCAGUGAGAAGUAGAGUCACGUUCUGACAGUCGCCCCCUGCUGGUCAGAACACAGAACACAGGCUUCAGGUGCCUCUGCAUUGACUUCAUCUACAGUCUGGUGACGCGUUCACUUGCUCGCACGAGUUUGGCCGCUGGAACCUUUGUGCGUAUUAGCAUCAUUUGCGCAAAUAUUUGCCCGUUCUUCUUUAACUUUCUCCGAAAAAACCUCAUCUGAACAAACACACACAGACAAAGACACCCACAGAGACUGCUUAUGUUUAGGGCCCAGAACUUGGAGCUACGGCCCUGUUGACGUAUGUCAUCUACUCGUGCGAAUAACUUGCGUUGCGUCCGUCGUGAACGCACUAUUAGGGUUUGGCGUCUCGUCGAGGAGCUCCGGGUGCUUCAGUUCUCGCCUUUUCAAGAAGCCACAACCAAGUCCAGUCGCUCCUGAGUCAACAGCCGCGUGGAAAACUGUCCACAGACGAGCUUUCUAGACUUUCUCUUUUGAUAAAGGCUUUCUGGAAAGUGUAAAGAAAUCACAGAAGUCGUCCGUCACGCAGGAAUCCAAUAAGCAGCGAGGCCGACCCACGUGUUUUCAUCCCACUGAGCAGGACGACACGCAGGCAGCUGCAUCCUGUUCCGUCAGCUGUGAAACGCCGUGAUUAGAAAAACAGAACAAGCCUCAUGGUCGUGUAUUAUUCUCCUCAUCGUCCUGGAACGUGUCCCGAGAUUGUUGCCACAGCGACAGACGCUUCAGACUCAGUAAUGAUUCAAUUCACGCACAACUGUCAAUCAAAUGUCGUGUUUCAAGUCGAGUGUUGCUCGGUUCUUUGGCCUCGUGACAUCAGAGCCUUCUCUCUCCACGCCGCCGCCACCGUCGCCGGUUUGGCUGCAGCUGAAGCUUUUGCCGCUGAGACGUCCGCCGCGUUUCCUCGACCUCGGCCGACCCCGUUGGCGUUUUUUGCGUAUAUUUGUGAACCGCGAGGCCGACUCCAAGCUUUUGAAAUAUGCCAUGUAGAUGUGUAAUAUAACGACGGAAUGCUAUGAUAUGAUAUUGAGGAUUUUUGUUUUAUUUCAUCGCUGUUUGUGUGAUCGUUAAAUAUAUUUAACUAGAAGACAUUACGGAGGUUUAGAUAUCUAUGUGGGAAAAGGUUCAGGUAGCUGGAAGACCUGAGCAAUAAAAGCAAACGUUAAAAUGAA